AUGUCCCAUUGGGACGGCGCCGCCGGAUCUGGAAUCGGUCGCGGAAUGGAAGAACGCAGAAGGGAAGGAGCCUGUGGGAAGCGUGGAACGAACCCGGAGGCGUGGGCACAAAUAAACAAGCAAGACGCUCAAAAGCCUGCGCGUUUCCGUCCCAUGGCCCUCGCUUCCGCCGGCUAUCCUCAGCUCAGACCAGUCAAGAGACAGCGCCGCACCGCCACUUCCGUCCUCGCCGGCGACUUUGACCCGCUCCCGCAGCGCGACGUGCUGACCAGCCUACUCAACGGGGUCGGGAUAUAUCAGGAGGUGGAGAUGACACAGGAGACGCGGCGCGCGAGGAAGAAGGAGAAGCGGGAGAGGGACAAGGAGAAGCGGCGCGGUCAGAGGGAGAAGGAGAAGCAGGCGAGGGCAGCCUCGGGAUCGUCGUCGGUAGAGCCGUCCGCGAAGGCGCGCGGCAAGCAGCCCCAGCACCCGCACCAGCCGACCGCCGCGCCCUCCACGUCCGCCUUCUGGCGCGCGCGCCCCGCCAUCCACAUCGCGACCAACCAGCGCACCAUGUCCGUCACCCCGCCACCGAUGCCGCAUUCGCCCGGCUCGACCCCCGAGCCCGACGACACGGACACCAUCACCUCCCGCACGUCGUCCAAGCGGCCGCGCACCCCGGACGACGACGAGAGCAUCGGCCGCGCCGCCUCGCCCCCGCCGCCCGAGCCCAAGCCGCCGAAGCAGAAGAAGAAGCGCGUCGCGGCGCGCAAGGGCUGGAAGGGCUGGGUCGAGGGCUCGCCCCCGCCGUCCGAGAAGCUCAUCAACCUCGACCAGGUCGUCGUCCUCAACGAGCGGCGGACGCGGAGCGGGAGGAUGUUUGACGGCGUCGCGCCAGGCCCCCAGAACUGGGUGAAGUCUCUAAUUUAAUUCAGCGGUAGGACCGCCCAGAGCGCGCCACUGAACGAUUCCUCGCCUCCGACAGAGGCUCGAUGCGGACUCCGACUGAAACGACCCCCCCCCCCUUCCUCGCCAUCACCGCCUCGAUAUACCUCAAGCCCCGAAUAACCCGAAACAUUACGUUGUACCGAUUCAUCUACCCUGCCCAUCUCUUCUGUGUCUCGCGCUACACUACCACAACAAACUCCCUAUCGUCGUAUCUUGCCCCGUGAAACCGCGCUGUUAAGCUAUGUAUUCCCCUUUUCUU